AUGGGCAUCACCCUGGCGGUGAUCUCCGGAUCCAAUUUUCUCGGCGUCGCGAAGUUUCUGCAAUUUCUCGGGCUGCUCGUCGCAGUGCACGGCUUGCCCGAGGCGUUUCAGAACUUCUGCAAGGGGUUUGAGAAAAUCAAUUUAGACCUCAGUGCCUUCGACGACAUUCUUUCCGGGCUACUGGACAAGUUCAUGCCCUUCGACUACCACAACCUUGGGAAUGCCGCUGCUGCGGAGGCGGGGUUGCCGGCAGAGGUGGGCCACAAGGUGAACUACCUCGGGAUGGACGUCGGGGGGAACAUGCAGGAGAUGGCCAAGAUUGCGAAAGAGUACAAGGAGCAGUUUGUCCAGUUUCGCGAGGAGAUGUACCAAUUCCGCAAGGAUUUCGCCGCACAAAGGAACUUGCUAUUGCAAGUUCUCGUGGUUCCCUUGCUGCUCUUGCUCGCCGUACUCGCCUUUAUGCUCCGCGCCGCCCUGCGGUUUCAGGGGGGGCGGACCGCGAGGAUGCUGGGAAAGGACUACGAC